ACAACAUGGCGGACCAGCGGGACGUUCAAAAUCCUAAACGAAACGCAAACUCUAGCCUCCUAAUGUCGGCUGGUUCCGCAGUGGCUAUGGAGAUUAAACGAAAGAAAAUACGACAGAGUGCCUUAUUUCAGCAAAGAGAGAACACCAACAUUCAAGACAAGCUGGACUUUGAGGUGCGGAUGCGAGACGGCGCUUACAAGCUGCUGAUGGCCUGCAGCAAGAGAGAACAGAUCCUCAAUGCCUCCAAGAACCUGCUGACCUGCAACACCAGGAUCAAGGCGUACAUCAGCCAGGUGGAGAAGGAGCAGCAUCAGCGGCUUGAUAUGAGAGACAGGUAUUCAGGGGAGCGUGUGCCUUGUAGAGGAACUAUUGCGCUGUCUGGUCUUCGUAUUCCAUUAAUGUGGAAGGAUCAGGAUCACUUUAACAACAGAGGAAGCUCGAGACGAGUUGCCAUCUUCUGUCUGAUGAAGCUUGCUUCUGAAGUAUUUGACACCAAGAUGGUAAUAGUGGACAGAUCCAUCACUGACGUCUGCUUUGACGAAGUCACCAUUUUCAAAGGUGCAGUUCCUCAGUUUGAGCUGAGGGUGGAGCUGUGGAGCUGUGCCGUGGAGGAGGAGCUGACUUUAGUAAACACUCCGAGAAAGCUGGCCAAAAAGCUCCGCAACUCCUUUGGGAAGACAGUCGGCAAGAAGCUCUGCCCCCUGCUGGACACUCCUGACCCUGACACUUUCCUACAAUACAACCCAGUGCCUGCUGGAGCGAAGUACAACCUGCUGGCCUACUCCACCAUGCGACUGCCCGAGGCUGAAGGCAGCUUUCAGUCCAUCUCGCUGGUCGUCCUGCUAAAUUCUGAUUGGUCAUCCUGGCUCCCACUUUACGGCAACCUCUGCUGCCGCUUGGUGGCCCAGCCUGCUUGCAUGACACAAAGUGUCAUGGCAGGCUACCUCAACCAAAAGCAAAGUGUGGAGGGCCUCCAGCGCUGCUGCAGCCUCUACUGCGUAUUGAACGCCGCAUCCUUGUCGUGCUACUUCAGCCCGGAGGAGAUUGACGCUAAAGUGCAGCCCACCCUCAGCCUGGCAGUCAACAAGGACACUCGCAUCCGACUGAUGGAGAAAGAGUCUGCGGGCCGGAGGACCAGAAGUCUGUCCAUCAGCAACCCUUCAUCAGAGGGAACUCACACCGUGGUCUUCACAGCAGACACUAAAGAGGAGCUGGACGAGUGGCAGGAGGCGCUCCAGCAGCAUCUCUAUGACCAGAGUCAGUGGCUGCACUGCUGCCAGCAGCUCAUGAAAAUAGAAGUCGUGUCGCCACGGAAACCCUCGCUUUUCCUUGACAAGCAAGCAGACUUGUUCUACCGGGAGCUGAGUUUAAAUUCUCCAGGCAAGUUGGAGGGCAUCACGGACAUCAUCCACAACAAGAUUGAGCAGACAGAUGGACGCUUCCUGAUUGGCCAGGAGGAGCAGCGAGAGUCUCCUAAUUGGUCCACUCUGUUUGACGGCUGCCACGCGGUGGUGGUCCAGAAGAGGAAUGGUCUGUCCGAGAGUCAACCCUCCACCCCUUUCUCCAGCCCUAAACCCGCCUCCAGCUCCACGCCCAAUAGCGGCAAGAAACGCCGUGCCCCGCCGCCGCCGACAAGUCACGCUCCUCCUCCUCCUGCUCCUCGCCCUGAGAGACCCCCCCGUCCUCUGCAGUCCUGUCAGGAGAAGGAGAACUCCAUCACAUCUCGCCCUAAGUCCAAAACAGGCCGACCGUCUUUGGACGCCAAGUUCUCCGCCAUCAUCCAGCAGCUCCAGCGGAACAACUACAGGGGAGGCCGCAAGAACGCUCCGCUGGGUGUUCUGGAGGGGCAGGGAGAGGCUCCGCCCCCUCACCUGAGCCAUCGGGACUCGGGUGAAUGUGGUUUUGAUAGAGGCGGCCAUGUUGGCUGUCCGGGUCAUGCAGCCAGGAGCAGACUGAGGAAGUCUUUCAGGGAGAGGAUGAACCUUGAAGCUGCACUCUAACUUGAUUACUACUUUACUUUCAUCACAUUUCAAUGCAGCAAACCCUCACUGGAAGCUUAGCUUAGCUUAGCUUAGCUUAGCUUAUCUUAUCUGUGAAUCUUUGGGACAGACUGGAAUAAGGAGACAAAUACGCCACUAAAGUCGUGCCAAUUUAUUGUCUUUGUUUUACAAACUUCUUUUUACACUUGUACGGCAAUUGA